CACCCGCAAACCGCCGGAGUUGAGGUCUUUCCUCUUUUCUCUGGUCUCACUUUCAUUUUAGAUGCGUCCUCGCCUGAAGAUCUUGGAGAAUGAACCACGAGGGCGACCACCUCGCGGUGGAAAGGGCACCCUCCAAGCGACAGGAACGACGGUCGCAGGAGGUUUGGGCGGACAACCUGGCAGAAGAAAUGGCUAGGAUGGUUGAUGUUGCCGAGAACUUUCUGUACGUGGCAUUGGACACGCAGUUUGGGGGCCUUGUUCUACAGCCAAAAGGGCCGUUCACCUCCUUGUCGGAGUACCACUGGCAAACUUUGAAGGCCAAUGUGGACCUGACAAAGGUACUUCAGGUCAGCUUCACAUUCUCUGAUCCUCGGGGCAUACGACCCAAAGGCAUUUGCACGUGGAGGUUUAAUUUCUCUUUCAACUCCAGCAGAGACUUUUACUCGAAGGAAGUUGUGGAGAGCCUCUGUCAGCAGAGGAACCUGAGUAUCCGCAGACACAUGGAGGAGGGAAUUCAGCCGAAUCAGUUUGCUGAGCUGCUCUUGGGCUCUGGGUUGGUUCUGAACGAGGAUGUCCACUGGAUCACCUACCGUGGGACCAACACCUUGGAGGUGCGAGAGGAUGGACACCCCGGCAGACCAGAAGCGCCACACAUAGUCUUGGCUGGCCUGUACGAUCUUGCUCACCUUUUGCAGAUGCUUCGCGGAGAAUGUAUACCAGAUGAGGUGCAAAACUUCUUCGAGGAUUUGGAUCUCUUCUUCCCAUGUCGCUGCGACAUUUCAAAGCACUUGAGCCGCCAGAACGGAUCGUCCUUUCGAAAUGCUCACUACAUCCUGGAUGCUUUCUUCCGCCUGCCAGAUGCAGUACGCAGGACUGCCUUCGAGCCUGAGAACGAGGCAGUCACUGUGUUGAGCGUUCCUGACGCUUCAGAGCCUCCGCCGGGCUUUGCACGGGCAACUGGGAAGAGCUCGCGGAAGGAACGCGAAGAAUCAAGACAGAAGG